CGACAGCACAGAAAUGGUCGCCAGCGACCUGGAGUCUACCCGCGAAAUGGUUGACUUUUUUGCAUCAAAUGGCGAAGCCCAAAGUCAAAUUCACCCUAGAUACUUUGAGCCUGACUCCUCGAACUUCGUAGAAUCCGUUCGUCGGGUUUGGAGACGGGUCUACGAUCAGCUUCAUUCUCUCCCGUCUUCCAUGGCCCCCCGAAAAAUACUUGCCACUCAAUUGUGGACGGACCUCGGGCAGAAGUGUAGGGUCAAUAUGCGUGCGCCGCCUGAGGCGCGGACACACCGAGAAUAUUCCGGAGUAUGGUCCAAAGACAUGGGUUGCGCCUGGAGAGAAUGUCUCUGCUCCGGAGAAAGGCCGCUUCACAAGUUGCGCAUGUGCAAGGGAUGCGAAAACGUCCUGUACUGCUCAACGAAGUGUCAAAGACGGGAUUGGACCGAAGGCGGGCAUAGGAGUGCCUGCCGUCCACCCUUUGGCUGACGCAGCCUCUCAGGCCCAUAUUGACAAACCGUGGCGACAUGCGAGAUCAUGUUGGCGCACCGACAUGACAUACCUCGUACUAUGCGGGUGUUGUUGCUCGUGGUAAUGUCCGUGAUGAAGAAGUACUAGUAAUACUGGUACGCUCAUGCUGAGGUAUCCGUAUGGCCGGAUAGCGAAAGACAUCUAAAUAAUUGUGCACAUACAUCGC